AUGACCGUUCCUUCCACCUCUCCCUUGGCGGACGUCCUCAGAAUCUCUAUAGUGGGGAACGAAUCGAUUCAUUGUGGAUUCCAUUUACUCCCUUACAUCUUCUCAACAAUCACCAGCAAUCUACCUUCAUCGGCAUACGUCUUAAUUACCGAUACCAACCUUUCUUCUAUCUAUCUCGAUGAUCUCAAACACGCCUUUAACGAAACCGGCUCAAAGGCUAGAUUCUUGGUUUACGAGGUAGCUCCGGGAGAAACAGCAAAAUCAAGAAAGGUAAAAGAAGAAAUUGAAGAUUGGAUGUUAGAUCAGAAACUUACUAGAGAUACUGUCGUGUUGGCUUUUGGAGGUGGAGUUAUCGGUGAUUUGACGGGUUUCGUAGCUGCUACUUUCAUGAGAGGAGUUAAAUUCGUACAAAUACCCACUACACUCUUAGCCAUGGUAGAUUCCGCAGUAGGAGGUAAGACAGCCAUAGAUACACCUCAUGGUAAAAACUUGAUUGGUGCUUUCUGGCAACCCUCUUACAUCUUUGUGGAUUUGGCCUUUUUGACUACCUUGCCGCCGAGGGAGGUCAGCAAUGGUAUGGCUGAGGUCGUAAAGACCGCCGCAAUCUGGAAAGAUGACGACUUCGCUCUUCUCGAAUCUCGAUCUGCCGAAAUCUCCCUCGCUGCAUCUACCAAGCCCACCACUUCAUCCACAGCGGGCCGAUUCGCGUCUGAUCGAUCACACGCUCAAUCAUUGCUCCUCCAGGUCGUCUCAGGAUCAAUCUACGUCAAAGCUCACAUCGUUACCAUCGACGAACGCGAAACCGGCCUACGAAACUUGGUCAAUUUCGGUCAUACCAUUGGGCAUGCUAUUGAAGCUGUUCUCACCCCUGCAAUGCUUCAUGGUGAAUGUGUAUCUGUUGGUAUCAUUCUCGAAGCUGAGGUAGCUAGACAACUCGGUAUCCUCAGUCAAGUUGCUGUAGGAAGAUUAACAAGGUGUCUUCAAGCUUAUGGAUUGCCCAUUUCAUUAUCUGACCGAAGGAUCACCUCAUUACCAGCUUCAAGCCAACUGUCCGUAGACAGAUUGUUGGAUAUCAUGAGAAUUGACAAGAAGAAUUCCGGUCCAGCUAAGAAAAUCGUACUUUUGUCAAGAAUUGGUAAAACAUACGAAGAAAAAGCUUCGGUAGUUGCCGAUGAAGUGAUCAGGCGAGUCUUGUGCGAGGCUGCUACAGUCAUCUCUGGCAUUCCCACCAAGUCACCUAUCACCAUGGCUACACCAGGAUCAAAGUCCAUAUCCAACAGAGCCCUUGUACUAGCCGCUUUAGCUACUGGAACUUGUAGAAUUAGGAACUUGCUGCACUCCGAUGACACUGCUGUCAUGAUGAACGCUCUUGUUGAGCUCAAGGGCGCAGUCUUCUCUUGGGAAGAUGGAGGUGACACCAUCGUCGUCGAAGGUGGUGGAGGUACUCUAUCUGCGCCCGCCAAGGGCAAAGAGCUUUACCUCGCUAACGCUGGUACAGCUUCUCGAUUCCUGACCACCGUCUGUGCUAUGGUCUCUGGUGCCGCAUCGACCGAGAAAUCCACCAUUAUCACCGGGAACGCAAGAAUGAAACAACGACCUAUCGGUCCAUUAGUGGACGCGCUUUCCGCUAAUGGAGCCAAGAUCAAAUACGUCGAAAGUGAAGGAUGUCUUCCGCUAGACAUUGAGACUGACGGAUUUAGAGGUGGACACAUCAAGCUUGCCGCCUCAGUAUCAAGUCAAUACGUCUCGUCUAUUCUUCUUUGUGCACCCUAUGCCGCUGAGGAAGUCGUCCUCGAAUUGACAGGUGGUCAAGUCAUAUCUCAACCGUACAUCGAUAUGACAACAGCCAUGAUGGCACAAUUCGGAAUUGCCGUCCAAAGAAAAAAAGAUGCUUCAGGCAAUCUAUUGGACAUCUACGUAAUUCCCAAGGGAACUUACAAAAACCCUGCGGAUUAUUCAGUCGAAUCAGACGCAUCAAGUGCCACCUACCCUCUAGCCAUCGCAGCUAUCACCGGAACCACCUGUACCAUCUCAAAUAUCGGUUCAUCAUCUUUACAAGGAGAUGCACGAUUCGCUAAAGAAGUCUUAGAACCUAUGGGAUGUGUCGUCGAACAGACUCUCACUUCCACCAAAGUCACUGGGCCUCCUGUCGGUCAGCUUAGAGCAUUGGGUAACGUGGAUAUGGAACCUAUGACGGACGCUUUCUUGACUGCUUCAGUCCUUGCUGCUGUCGCCAACUUGCCCGCUUUGCCCGAAAGGCAAGUUGAAGGUCUACCACCUACAGCCUCGAGGAUAUACGGUAUCGCCAAUCAGAGAGUGAAGGAAUGUAAUAGAAUCAAAGCUAUGAGGGAUCAGUUGGCCAAAUUCGCUGUGGAAACUGAUGAAUUCGAUGACGGAAUCAUCGUAAUUGGUAAAGCUGCUACAUCUCUUGCUCGAGGUGCAUCGGUACACUGUUAUGACGAUCACCGAGUGGCAAUGGCUUUCAGUGUCUUGGCUUGUAUCAUCGAAAAAACCAUUAUCGAAGAGAAGCGAUGCGUUGAGAAGACGUGGCCUAAUUUCUGGGAUGAUCUUCAAAACAAGAUCGGUAUACCCGUUGAAGGAGUCGAACUUGAAACUCAUAAGCAAGCUUCCACCUCAGCCAAAGCUGUCACUCCCGUGGAUCAAUUUCAAUCCGAUCACCCCAUCUUCAUCAUUGGUAUGAGAGGUGCUGGCAAGACUUAUAUCGGUCGAUUAGCUGCUGACGUACUCGGCGGCGAAUUCACCGAUGCCGAUGAUACCUUUUUCGGGGAGACUAAACAGUCCGUCGCCGACUUCGUGGCUGCCAACAGCUGGGAAGAAUUUCGACGUGUGGAAACUGAAAUAUUAGGUAGAUAUAUCCAGGAGAGGAAGGGUAAUCAUGUGAUCGCUUUAGGUGGCGGUGUGGUUGAAACGGAAGUUGCACGACAGCUCCUUCAGUCACACGUCUCCAAAGGUGGUUUAGUUAUUCAUGUUACCAGAGCUUUGGAAGAUAUCGAUAAUUUCCUUUCUUCCAUUGGUAAUACCGCCACUCGACCUAAUUGGGGUGAAUCUUUCGCCGAUGUCUUCAAGAGGAGAGAGCCGUGGUACGCGUCAUGUUCGAGUCAUGAAUUCUACAAUGUCCUCGAGCCUGUUGGUGGUCAGUCUCCUGAACAGCAUGAACAGGCUAUGAGAAGGGAGUGUGGAAGAUUUUUCAACUUCAUCAAAGGGAUCCAUUCGAACCGACCUAGAUUGUCAGCCGCUACUCCAACUGCUUUCUUAUCAUUGACUUUCCCUGAUAUCACACCUGCCCUUGCGCAGAUCGACGAGUUGACGGAAGGUGCGGAUGCUGUGGAACUUCGAGUGGACCUGCUCAAUCCCACUGGAACAGCACCUACCACUCCCGGUCUACCGCCUCCUUCCUUUGUCGCCAAGCAACUUGCUUCCUUGCGACUCGCGACUUCCUUGCCUAUCGUGUUCUCAGUGCGGUCGAAAGAUCAAGGUGGUAUGGGACCAUCGGACCAAUCUGCCCUGUAUCAAUCGAUGGUAGAAUUAGGUAUUCGAUCAGCAUCUGAAUACGUGGAUCUCGAAGUAGCUUGGCCUACCGAUGUACUCCAGCAAGUAUCAAGAGGUAAAGGUAGAUCUUAUAUCAUCGCAUCAUGGCAUGACUGGACUGGAUCAAUGGCAUGGGACAAACAAGCGGUUCGAUCUAAAUAUUCCUUAUGUUCUAAAUACGGUGAUAUAGUCAAGAUAGUUGGUACGGCCAAGACUCUAACGGACAAUUCGAAAUUGUCCUUGUUUGCUGAAGAAAUCAACUCUCAACCUGGAUCCAAGCCACUCUUAGCUAUCAACAUGGGAUCAGCCGGACAACUUUCGCGAGCUCUGAACCCGAUACUCACUCCUGUCACGCAUGAAUUACUUCCCUCCCGAGCUGCUCCUGGACAACUCACCGUAAAACAGGUAUUGCAAAUUAGAAAUUCGAUCGGUCUGUUACCCGCCAAAAAGUUCUACUUGUUCGGAAGUCCCAUCGCUCAUUCAGUCUCACCAACACUCCAUAAUACCGGUUUCCAAUCUGUAGGAUACCCUCAUCAAUAUGGAUUACACGAAUCAGACAAAGUAGAUCAAGUAGUAUUGGAUAGAAUUACAUCUCCAGAAUUUGGUGGAGCAAGUGUGACUAUACCUUUGAAAAUUGAUAUUAUCCCUCAUCUCGAUUCUGUCUCUGAAGAUGUGAAGAUCAUCGGUGCGGUAAAUACCAUUGUCCCCCAAGCCGGUGGAAAACUACAUGGUGAAAAUACAGAUUGGAAAGCAAUCUAUCAAGCUACCCUCUCAAACCUUCCUGCCAAUACGAAAGUUGGUCAAAGUGAGGGUUUGGUAAUUGGUGCGGGGGGUACGUGCAGAGCAGCAAUUUAUGCUUUGUACAAAGUCGGAAUCAAGACUAUAUACUUGUUUAACCGAACUUUGGAAAAUGCCCUCAAAGUUAAAGAUUCUUUCCCAUCCGACUACAACAUCGUAGUGGUAGAUUCGUUCGAUAAGGUCAACAAUCCUUCAGUAGUAAUUUCGACUGUCCCUGGUACUUCUUUGGUACUUCCCUCUUCGAAAGAUGAAGGAAUCAAGUUACCCGAGAGUUUGUUAGGUAAUGUCAAUGGAGGAGCUGUCAUUGAUUUGGCGUAUAAACCUUACAAAACUGCUUUACUGGAAUUAGCUGAGAUUGCAGGUAAAGGUAGAUGGAAGACUGUACCUGGAGUGGAAAUUUUGGUGUUACAGGGUUUGGUUCAGUUCCAGCUGUGGACUGGCAAGAGAGCACCGGAAAAGAAAAUUAGAGAGAGUGUCAUGACCAAGUAUAUUGGUAAUUAG